UUGCCUGCUAAAGUCAUUUCCGGUUCCACUCCCCCCCCCCCGUCUAGAUAUCCGAGGGCUGCUGUUACUACUGGAUCAUCAGUGGCUGCGGAGGGGGAAAUCUGGUGACAAGAGCAUGGCGGAGAUCAUGGCAGAGAACAUCCAACAGGAAGGGCCUGCGUUAGAAGAAAGGCUUAUGGCUUCAGCAGGAAGUUCCCAUGAAUGCAUGUCCUUCCCGAAUGCAGCUGCUGAAUUAGGGCAUGUGUGGAAGAGAGAAAGUGACGAGGAACUCCAUCCGGUGCUGGAGGAAAGCAAUACGUUUCCAGAUAUGGAAGUAGACAUUGGGAAUCAAGAUGGGAUGAAGACACAGGAAGGAAAUCAAACAGAUAAGGAUUGGGAUCAAUCUGUUGCUUGUCUGGAUGGGAGCUUCUAUGAAACUCCAGCCCAUCCAGAAAAACAGAAAGAAGAAAGAAGCAAUGAGUGCCCAACACGUGUGGAAAGCUAUAAUGAUGCAUCGAGCAUUCAAAUACAGUGGAAAGCCCAUACAGGAGACAAACCGUUUAAAUGUCUGGAUUGUGGAAAGAGCUUCAAACGGAACUCAGAACUUAUUAGACAUAAAAGAAUUCACACAGGAGAGAAGCCUUUUAAAUGCCUGGAGUGUGGAAAAAGCUUCACUCAGAGCAGAAACCUGACUUCACAUCAAAGGAGCCACACAGGAGAGAAGCCAUAUAAAUGCCUGGAGUGUGGGAAGUGCUUCAGCCAGGCUGGAAUUCUUACAUCUCAUCAAAGAAGCCACACAGGAGAGAAACCAUAUCAGUGUCUGGAAUGUGGAAAGUGCUUCAGUCAGAGUGGAAUUCUUACUGCACAUCAAGGAAUGCACACAGGGCAGAAACCAUUUAAAUGCCUGGAGUGUGGAAAAAGUUUUCGCCAGCAGAUACACCUUACUUCCCAUGAAAGAACACACACUGGCGAGAAACCAUUUAAAUGCGUAGAGUGUGGAAAGAGUUUCCGUCAGCAGAUACACCUUACUUCCCAUGAAAGAACACACACUGGCGAGAAACCAUUUAAAUGCGUAGAGUGUGGAAAGAGUUUCAGCCAGAGCUCCCAUCUUAUUAGACAUGAAAGAAUCCACACAGGAGAGAAACCAUUUAACUGCCUGCUGUGUGGAAAGCGCUUUGGUCAUAGUGCAGAACUUAUUAGACAUGAAAGAACCCACACAGGAGAGAAACCAUUUAAAUGCCUCGAUUGUGGAAAGAGCUUCAGUCGGAGCUCAGAACUUAUUAGACAUGAAAGGACCCACACAGGAGAGAAACCAUUUAAAUGCUUAGAGUGUGGAAAGGACUUCGGUGAUAGUACAAAUCUUAUUAGACAUCAAGUCAGCCACACAGGAGAGAAACCAUUUAAAUGUCCGGUGUGUGGGAAAAGCUUCAGUCAGAGCAGGAGCCUUACUUCACAUCAAAGAACCCAUACAGGAGAGAAACCGUAUCAAUGCUUGGAGUGUGGGAAAUGCUUCAGUCAGAGUGGAAUUCUUACUGCACAUCAAGGAAUGCACACAGGACAGAAACCAUUUAAAUGCCUGGAAUGUGGGAAACGGUUUCGUCAGCUCAUACAUCUAACCUCUCACAAACGAAUUCACACAGGAGAGAAACCAUUUAAAUGCCUGGAGUGUGGCCGGAGUUUUCGUCAGCACAUACACCUUACCUGUCAUGAAAGGACACAUACAGGAGAGAAGCCAUUUAAAUGCCUGGAAUGUGGAAAGAGCUUCAGUCACAAUUCAAUCCUUAUUUCUCACGUAAGAACCCACACAGGAGAUAAACCGUUUAAAUGCCUGGAGUGUGGAAAGAGCUUUACUUGGAGCACGCUCCUUAUUAGACAUGAAAGAACCCACACAGCAGAGAAGCCAUUUAAAUGUAUGGAAUGUGGAAAGAGCUUUAGAGAAUGCUCAUUACUUAACAAACAUCAGAGAAGCCACACUGGUGAGAAACCAUUUAAAUGCUUGGAGUGUGGAAAGAACUUUACUUCAAGCACACUCCUUAUCAGACAUCAGCGAGUUCACAUAGGAGAUAAUCAUUUAAAUGCUUGGAGUUUUGAAAGAGCUUCAGUCAGUGCUCAGAACUUAUUAGACAUAAAAGAAUUCACAGCAGAGAUGAUCCACAGCAAUGAUGAGGAUGCCGUGCAAACUGUUGUCAUGCAAUAAGCCUUGUUAGGCUCCAGCAAUUAUACAUGCUGUGGAGAUUUAUAUAUAUAUUUUAGGCUGUAGCAAGAAUGUCUGUAAUACCAGAAAAGUUGCAUUGGAUUGCAUAAAGUGGGCUUCAGCUGUAUACAUUUUAAUGCACCAUCUGACCAUUUCUCCAGACGCUGUUUCCUUGACGAUGUUCAGCAGCAUGAAGAAAGACUCCUAAACUAUUCAUGUAGUUCUUUUUUUAAGUGUAAGUUUCCUAUUGUGUAAACUAAGAACCAGUGCUUUCACGUUAGGCCACCAAGCCAGUUUCCAUGAUAUAUAAACACUGCUAGGCUUCCUUGUUCCCUCUCCUUGUACAAAAGUCACUUCACCCAUAUCUCUAAUCCCUUGUCUUCCAUACCCCCCUUUUAAAAAUACCGUUUUUGCCAGGUGGCAGUGUGCAGUAUUCAAAGAGCUGGUCACCCUUCAUGUGUAAGAAGGUGUGACAGAAGAAGAGACUUGUUAAUAUCUUGGGACACAAAUAGCAGAGUCCUGCGUCACCUUAAGGUCUACCAGAUUCACUGUUGGCUGAGCUUUUGUCAGGAAGAGCUGACUUGUGUCUGACACAUGAAGUUGACCCAGAAAGUGUUGGGUCUGCAGACCAAGUGCUAAUCAGCAAGUGUUGGUUAGUUGUAUCUGUGUACUAUCCAUGGAAAGGAUAUAUCCAGGGGUGGGGAGGAAUUUUUCACAUGACAAAAAUAUUAGAAACCAUCUUCUGACUUUCUGUCAUGGAAGGCUCCAUCGAUGGAGAAGGAAAAUCCAAAAGGGAAUUUCUGUCACAUUACAAAAAAUAAUACAAAUAAUAAACUGUCUUCUGACUGGGUCAUGGAAGGCUCCUUCAGUGGAGGAGGAGAAUUUCUGAGGGGAAUUCCAGUCACGUGACAAAAAAGAAUAAAAACUGUCUUGGCAACUCUGUGUCAUGUAGGGCUGAGAGGAGACACUGAUCAGGAAGCUAGGCAAGAACUUUAUGAUCAACAGGAUUUGACAAGUGUUGGGAAAGUCACUCAGAAUGCCAUUUGUAGAUUGCUCUCCUGGUGCCCUCCUUUAAGAAAUACUUUUGUGGACACAUCCAUGCCACACAUUUAAAGCAGUAUUGUACCAUGUUGAACAGCCCUGACUUCCCCCAAAGAAUCCUGGGUAAUGCUGAGAGUCGUUAAGACACUUAUUCUCCUCCCAGAGGUACAAUUCCCAGCUUGGUUUAACACUCAAUCUCUCUUCCCAGGGAACUCUGGGAAUACUGUUCUGUAAGGGGAACAGGGUUUCCUAACAACUCUCAGCACCCUUAGCAAACUACAGUUCCCAGGAUUCUUGGAGGAGGAGGCCAUGACUAUCUAAAGUGAUAUGGUAGUGCUUUAAAUGUAUGGUGUGAAUGUGGCCUGUGUUCAACCUUUUAACACUGUUUGAUAUUAUUUACCAUUAUAUAAUAUCAUAUAUUUUAGCCUCUGGAGAUGGAUAGAAAUUGGUUGUCAUUUUUUAGCUUUUGUAAGGGGGGGGGGAUUGAGUGCUGUUCAGUGGAAGGGUUACGAGUGGUUGUCCUGUGUGUUUUUAUGCUGGGUUGGAUUUUACUGUUGAAUUGCUGUAAAUGUUUGCAUUUUUAAUUUUGUUUUACACUAUUAUUGUAGAGAAUAUCUGUUACUUUGUUGUUGUUUUUAGGCAACUACUAAGUGGGAAGAAAUACAUCAGUAAAUAAAUAGCCGGCCAUUGUACAUUUCUGUCGUGGGCAGGCUCACUAUGGAAGCCAUGAAGGGGGCAGCCAAGGCAUCUUCUCUCCUAGGGUUUCUCAGACUUCAACCCCCAGGCCUCACGAUGUUGCAGCGUAGCGAAAUUGGGAAUGGAGCGUCUGAGUGAGGCUUUGUGUGUUUGAAUCUUUGCUAAAGAUUACACCUUCCCUGGAAUUAGUCAGAGAGAGACUAUAAGCUUUAAAAUAAGAAAGAACUACUAAGACAAUAAUGCUGGGAAAACCAGAAGGGAGUAGAAAAAGAGGAGGGCCAAACAAGAGAUGGAUUGAUUCCAUAAAGGAAGCCACAGAUCUGAACAGGGUGGUUCAUGACAGAUGCUACUGGAGGUCGCUGAUUCAUAGGGUUGCCAUAAGUCGCAGUCAACUUGGAGGCACAUAACAACAACAACAACUUUAUUCUGGAAGUACCUACUUGAUAGGAAAGAGUUCUACAUCUAGCUAACUAGCUAAGUUGGAGAUGCAGACACUAAGCCUAGUGUUUGCCCUCAUGCUUGGAGGAGAGGGAGAAAGAGAAGAUGUCUGCUCUCCCUUUCAAGAGAAAGGAGGAGGAGGAGGAAGGAGAUGUGGUCAACAUCCUUUGCAUAUCAGUCUAGCAGGAAGGGAGAGACAGCAGGAGAUCAAAGGACAGGUAUUAGCCUAGCAACCAGGAGGUCUCUCUAGCUACCGUUUUUAACCCCAUGCAGCCUCAACCCUUAAGUUGGAGUUGAACCACAUAUUCCAAUGCUUGAGAGGUCUGAUCAUUACCGAGGACCAUCAAUUUCAAAAUGGCAGUUCAGGGGUAGAGCCGGUCUCCAAAUGGAGGUGGGGCUUAGCCCAAAUAUGGCAGCAAGUGCACUUACUUAUAAGGAAGGAAGGCAUCAUCUCUGCUAUACAUUUAAAGCAAUAUUGUACCACUCUAAACAGCCAUGGCUUUCCCCAAAGAAUCCUGGGGACUGUAGUUUGUGAAGGGUGCUGAGAGUUAUUAGGAGAGACACCCUAUUCUCUUCACAGAGCUCCCAAUUCCAGAGUGGUUUAAUGGUCAGGCCCCAUUACCAAGGAACUCUUGAAAUUAUAGCUCUAUGAGGAGAAUAGGCGGGGGUCUCCUAACAGCACCCUUUACAAACGACAGUUCCCAGAAUUCUUUAGGCAAAUCCAUGAUGCCCCCCCCAUCCCCAUGUUUGAAGUGGUAUGAUAUUGCUUUAAAUUAUAGGGCAAAUGGGGCCAAAGUGAUACAUAUUAAAGCAGAUAAACAGUACAGACUCAGAGGAAUGGAAAGAGCCAGAUACAACCCAGAAGCUCUUACAAGGCGGUUAGCAGGAAUAGGCCACAUUCACACCAAACAUUUAUUUCACUAUUAUUCCACUUUAAACAGUCACAGUUUCCCUCAAAGAAUCAUGGGAAGUGUAGUUUGUGAAGGGUGCUGAGAGUUGUUAGGAGACUCCCUUUUUCUCCUCACAGACCUACAAUUUCCAGAGGAGUUUCAGUCAGUUCCUCUUCUCAGAGAUCUCUG